AUGCUGCUGGUGAAUAUGAAACAAGGAUUUCAUCGGAUGUUAAUUCGAAUCAUUUUAAUUGCCGCCUGUGUCAUAGUCUUCCAAGCGGUGAUAUUCAUGUUUCUUCAGCUGAAUAAUUCUACUCGGAGCUGCGUGAAUUCCGUAAACUGUGCGAAGGUGUUGUUUUUAGGUGUCUACAAAUCUGUACGCACUUCUUUGUCCGAUGUCAAAGCGCAAAAACUUACUAAAACUUUUUACCGAGAAAAACAUGGCGCUUCUUCAUCACAAGAAAGGGAUGCGAGCAUCAAAUGUCCUCCAACGGGAUUAAAUAAUCAGGCAUUCCGAGGUCGUCUUAAUGUGCAUGUGUGGUAUGGCUGGUGUGGAUGUACGGUGGACGACUUGCGAAGGGACCCGGAUUUCCCGUACAAACCAACGGUACGAGGGGCCAUCAGGAAUUUCGCCACAAGGAAAACCACACGCCAGUUUCUUGGAAAACGGAUCUUCGGAUACAUUCAUCCGCCUAAAACCGGUAGCUACAAAUUCGCGAUUGCUUCAGAUGAUGGUUCAGAGCUGUGGCUCAGUACCGACCGGUAUCCGAGCAACUCCCGAUUGAUUGCUUACGUUGGAGAGCCAGAUAAUCAGUACGCUGGUGCGACUGAUGUGGGAGAAUUUUCCAAGUAUUUGUCACAAAUCUCGACUAACAUCAGCCUACAGGAAGACAAUGUGUAUUUUAUCGAGGCGUAUCACAAGCAGAAGGGAGAUUCAGAGCACAUGGAAGUCACGUGGCAAAUUCCUGGGACUGAACAGUUAGAGACUAUUACCACAAAGCACAUCUCCAUGUACAUGGCUGACAAGCCAUCAUGGAGUGUUAUGUCACCAAGCCGAGCUGAACUCUGUCUGAAUAGGCAAGAUCCAAGCGUACAUAUCAGGUUUAACAAAUAUAUGUCAACCCAGUUGCCGGAUAUUCGAGAUACGUACUUCAUAACAGCUCCGAUCAUUGACCACAGUGACGUCAAGAAUGUCUUGGACACGUGUUCGUACACAACGCUACGCAAGACAAACGUUUCACAGUUUGAUGCGCAUAUGUCAGGAAUGAUUCGCCAUUCCAAGGUUUAUCCCAGCGAUCACACAGACGCUUACAAGUCGAAUGGGCCUGAGGACAUCAGCAUAGGGAAUGAAGUCAUCCAAGAAAAGGAAGCGCGCGAAGUAGUUACUGAGUAUAUGGAAGCACUGAAGCGACGGAAAGGGGAUACGUACGAGCUGGUCGAACUGAUUCAACUUGAAUCAAGGGAACACCACGAGGCUGGGCGCAGAUAUCUUCUUGAAAUGGAGCUGAUGGAGAAAAGCUCAGGACAAGCUAUGCGUCUAUCCGAGCAUGUAUAUCGAAAGGAUAGCGAAAGUAAACUGUGCUCCCCGAGCGGGUUUGAUUGGAGACAGGACGUCAACGUCUAUAUGGUUAUCACAGUCAUGAACUAUGGCAAAUGGAUCACGGACCUGGUGAGGCAGCUAUCAAAGCUCUACCACAGUGGGAUCGAGAGGAAUUUCUACUUGGUCGUCAUUGAUUUUAACAGCACAGAUAUAGACAUGAGAAGGAUGCUUGAGAACAGCGGAAUCAGUGAUAGGUAUUUCCUUAUCAAAAAGAAAGGCCCGUUUUACAAGACCCAAGCUCUCAACGAGGGUGCAGCUUUAAUCAAGGACCCCCACAGCAUCGUCUUCACAAUGGAUCUACAUCUCAAACUACCCGCGGACAUUUUCGACGCAAUCAGAAAGCAUACUCUGGAAGGACUCACACUCUUCGUCCCUAAGCUAGUCAAACUCAAAUGCGGCUACUCGCCCCAGUACCCUCAGGGAGGCUGGGACACGCUCGGAUACGGCCUACUGGGCAUCUACAAAACGGACUGGGACCGAAUUGGUGGCAUGAAUGAGGUUGAGUUUAAACACAAGUGGGGAGGCGAGGAUUGGGAAAUUAUGGACAGAGCGAUAGCAGCAGGACUAGAGCCGCAGAGAAUCUGCCUUCCUCAUUUAUAUCACAUGUUCCACUCACGUGAGCAAGACUGGUACGAGGAGGCCCGAUUAUAAUACCAUGACAACCGCCAAUCAGUCGAGGACGUGGUACAAGGAGAUACAGAUUAUGACUCGGAUAUGAUACCAUGGCACCUUUCAAUCAACGUCAUUGAGUAUGAGAGUUCCAAGGCAAAAAGAGAGCCAUGUUAUGAUGAUCCAGAUAUGAUACCAUAACAACUGUCAAUCAACGACAUUGAGUAUGAGAGGACCAAGGCACAAAGAGAGCCAUGUUUUGAUGACCCGGAUAUGAUACUAUAGCAACUGUCAAUCAACGUUAUGAAAGUACAUGGAGAGACAUAAAAAGUGACGGUGUCUAUCAUCGAUACAACACCUAUUUACAGCAAAACAUUUAUAGAACAAAUCUGCAUCUUCCAAAUAGCGAACAAUUUUUUUUCGCCAGUCAAACUCCACUAAGCGAACAACUCUUUCUAGGUCGGCGUUAGAUGACCAAAAUAGCACCGACCAACAAAACGCUUUUAAGCGUUAAAAAAUAACCAGUUAAAAAAAGUAUGAAGAAACAGCUAUAUAUUUUACCUAAGGUCUCUAUAAAAGAAAAUAGAUUCGGUUCCAUAUUAUUAUUGUUCGAUUUGUAGUUUGCUGGAACAUUCAAAAACAGGAACAAAUUCAGUCACAAAAACUAUACUUAUCAAAAGUUGAAAUAACUUGUUUUUAUUAAUGUUUGUAACAUUAAUUUAAAGAAGGAAGUCGGGCAAAUGUGUGUUUCUUUAUUGCGGGAAAAUGAUUUCAUUCUAAGGCAGAUUUUGCUGUUUCUUCAAGGUGAGAAAAGCAGUUGUGAGAUCCUGCUUGACGGUUGCGUACGAAUGUGUAGUUCCAGAAAAUACCCAUACCCCCCCCCCCCCCCCCCAUUGAGAGGGUUGGAAAUUCCAGAGGGGUGGGGAGUCAUACCCUCGACCCCCUCAAUAGGGGGUAUGGUUAUUUUCUGGAACUACACAAUACUCCUUUGCUUUAUCACAUAAACCUCAACAUGGAACCCAUUAAUCUGCACAGUUGUUUCACUUUACGAGUUAACCAUUAACUGACAGUUGUGCAAUGAACAUGUAUAAUUACUUAGCAUCAUAUUCUAAAACUAUAUAUCAUAUUCUAAAUUGUCAGAUAAAUGCUGUUUCCUCCGGUGAA